UUUUUGAUUUUAUGGGAAAGAUAGACUAGUUUUUAAUUGAGGAUUUCGUAGUUGAAACGACACAUUACAAGGACGGGGAUAAAUACUUCAUUGGUGUCUCAUGUCUCCCUUGUAAUGUGUCUGUUUUGACAUGAUCAGCUUUAUAUUGUAGACAUAUCAGGAACACAGAAUUUCAGGCCGUAUUCAAAGAUCAAGUUCGAGGGGUUCGAAGCUGCGUUUCUGAAAGUUGAUGUUUGUUAUGGAUCAAGACAUCAAAGAUGUUGAGUGUCAAACUAUAUACAAAGAGAGCGUGCAUGAGGAAGAAGAACCUGACAUAUUGCACAAGGGAAAACGUCCUGUAAUUCUCAAGUUUGAUGAUGUUGUCUACAAAAUUAAGACCAAGAAAGGAGGACUCUUUGAGAAGAACACAAAAUCAGAAGAGAAAGUGAUCCUCAAAGGAGUGACAGGCACUGUUCAACCUGGUGAAAUGCUAGCCAUGCUAGGACCCUCAGGAAGUGGCAAAACAACUCUGCUCACAGCAUUAGGAGGAAGACUAGGAGGAAAACUUCAUGGAUCCAUAACUUACAAUGGUGAACCCUUCACAAACACAAUGAAGAGAAACACAGGCUUUGUUACCCAAGAUGAUGUUCUUUACCCCCAUUUAACAGUAACUGAAACAUUAGUCUUCACUGCUCUUCUUAGAUUACCUAACACUGUCACAAAAGAACAGAAAGUGAAACAUGCAAAAGAUGUCUUAGAACAACUUGGUUUAACCAAGUGCAAGGAUAGCAUUGUUGGAAGCACAACUUUGAGGGGUGUUUCCGGGGGAGAGAGAAAAAGGGUUAGCAUUGGGCAAGAAUUGCUUAUAAAUCCAAGCUUGUUGUUUUUAGAUGAACCUACCUCUGGGUUAGACUCAACCACAGCACAGAGGAUUGUGUCAACUUUGUGGGAGCUUGCAAGAGGAGGGAGGACUGUUGUGAUGACAAUACACCAGCCUUCAAGUAGGUUAUACUACUUGUUUCAUAAAGUGUUGUUGCUGGCAGAAGGGAACACUUUGUAUUUUGGGAAGGGAUCUGAAGCUAUUGAGUACUUUUCUAGUAUUGGAUAUGCGCCAGCAAUGGCCAUGAACCCUUCAGACUUCCUUUUGGAUCUUGCAAAUGGUAUCUACACUGAUGGGUUAAACCAGGACCAUGUCAUAGAUAAACAACAUUUGAUUUCCACAUUUAAGAGCAAGUUUGAUGCACAAUUGAAGUCAAUAAAUCAAGAAAUCAGUGACCCUGAAAUUAGUCAGCGUAGAUUUCAAGGCACAGGCUCUGGAAAGUGGCCAACGAGCUGGUCGCAGCAAUUCUUUGUGCUGUUAAGAAGAGAUGUCAAAGAGAGAAAGUAUGAAGCUUUCUCUGCCCUGCGGAUUAGUCAGGUCCUUGUGGUUGCUCUUAUGUCAGGACUUCUGUGGUAUAAGUCUGAUAUUUCACACUUACAGGAUCAGAUUGGGCUCCUCUUCUUCGUAUCAGGCUUCUGGGGUUUCUUCCCACUCUUCCAAGCAAUUUUCACCUUCCCACAAGAGCUAGUAAUGAUAGAGAAAGAACGCUCCUCAGGAAUGUACAGGCUCUCCUCCUACUUCAUGUCAAGAAUGGUAGCUGACCUCCCCAUGGAACUAAUCCUUCCAACCAUAUUCCUCCUCAUAACAUAUUUCAUGGCAGGCCUAAAGCACAACUUCGCCAGCUUCCUCUGCACCCUCCUAAGCCUCUUACUCAAUGUCUUAGUUGCUCAAGGCCUAGGCCUCGCCAUCGGGGCCGUCGUCCUCAAUCAAAAAUCCGCGGCCACGCUCGCCUCCGUGAUCAUGCUUUGCUUCUUGCUGGCCGGCGGGUUCUACGUUCAGAAUGUUCCCGGGUUUAUAGCCUGGGUGAAGUACAUUUCUAUAAGCUACUACACGUACCAGUUGUUUAUUGUGUCUCAGUAUCAUGCUGGGGAAACAUACCCUUGUUCUAGUGGUCAGUGUCAAGUGUCAGAGUUUCCUUCUAUAAAGGAAAUGGGGUUUAAUUUUCACGGGCAAGCGCUAACUGCGGUGGCUCUUGUGGUGAUGAUGAUUGGUUAUAGAGUUAUUGCUUAUGUUGCUCUUAUGAGGAUUGGAGUGACUAAGAAAUUGGCCUAGUGUAAUAAUUCUUUGAUUUUUGUUCACUUGUGGUGAGUUUUUCUUCUGUUCUUGUUCUUAUCUUUAUGCGGAAGGGAAGUAGUUAAUUUGUUCUUGUUUUGGUGAGCAGUGUUGGAUAUGUGUAUGUUUUUUGUUCUGAGCUGUUCCAUAUAUAAAAUUAUGUUGGUUGGAAUUAUGAUUCCUAAAUGAAGGAUCAUCAUCCCUUUUCUAUGAG